CCGGCCGAGGGACGCCGCUGUCACUUCCUGCUCCCACCUCCCCGCGUCGGAACCUUCUCCGCUCCUUGCCGGCGCCGCUGCCGGGUCUGGGCACAGCCGCCCCGUCGCGCCCCCUGCCCCGCUGGGAAGGAGCGAAGCAAGCGGGGCAGCUGCAGCCACCCCCUCAAGGCCGGCCGCGGCAAAAGGAGGAGGCGGCGGCGGUGGCCUCGGGGCUCCCCUCCCAGGGCCGGGGAAAUGCCCGUGAAGAAGAAGCGCAAAUCUUCCGGGCAGGCCGGGGACGACACGGGCCUCAAGCGGUGCAAGAUUAGCAGCUACUGCAGGUCGCAAGCUUCUAGUAAAGUGAUAAGUGGAGAGGACCAUUUUUCAAGCAAGAAGUGCCUGGCCUGGUUUUAUGAAUAUGCAGGUGAUGAUGAAGUCAUAGGGCCGGAGGGAAUGGAGAAAUUCUGUGAAGAUAUUGGUGUUGAACCUGAAAACAUUAUUAUGUUAGUUUUAGCCUGGAAACUGGAGGCUGAAAGCAUGGGAUUUUUUACCAAGGAAGAAUGGUUGAAGGGGAUGACUUCAUUGCAAUGUGACUGCACAGAGAGACUGCAGAGUAAAUUUGAUUUUUUGCGCUCACACUUGAAUGACAUUUCAACGUUUAAGAAUAUCUACAGAUACGCAUUUGAUUUCGCAAGGGAUAAAGACCAGAGAAGUCUUGAUAUCGAUACUGCAAAAUCUAUGUUAGCUCUUCUACUAGGAAGAACGUGGCCACUGUUUUCAGUAUUUUACCAAUAUUUGGAGCAGUCGAAAUACAGAGUUAUUAACAAAGAUCAGUGGUACAAUGUGUUAGAAUUCAGCCGAACUGUCCACGCAGAUCUUAGCAACUACGACGAAGAUGGGGCAUGGCCUGUACUUCUCGACGAAUUUGUGGAAUGGCAAAAGAUUCGCCAAGCAUCAUAGCGAAAACAGGUCUGAAAAAAUGCUGGAUCUUGCGAUGCCCACCUCUACAAAAAAAACUGAGUUAAAACCAAGGGUCCACAUCCUUAUGAACUUUAUAGUAAUUUUUUUCUUUUAUUUUUAAAGGAAGCCUUGUUACAUGCGAAACAGGCAUUGAACCACACCUCUUCAGAGACUGAAAGUUGGGGAUUUUUUUUUUGUCUUGAGUUUCAAUCAUUUCAGAACAAUAAAUGUUCAGAUUUUAACAGUCUUAAAAGUGAAGGACAUCCCUUGUGUUAAGAGUACAGUUCUGCACUCUCAAAACCAAAAUAUUGUAAGCUAUGUUGGAAGUGCCCUGUCAAGAGGUGUUUGAAUUUCGGAGAAGCGUUUUGAAAAGCAUAGUAGGGUAUGGUUCAGGUAUGGUAGGUUUUUUUUUCCUCAUGAAAUGGCUGUCUUUUUGAGAAUGAUUGUUAAUGUUAGGCCUGGGUAGUGUGUUACCGAUACUCCACCUCAUUUGUGCCAUAGGCUGCCGCUUUGCAAGGGUGCAGCCUAAAUUUUAAGUACUUCAGUUGCCAUCAGUGCGGGACUAACACUGGAACCUUUGCAAUCCACUGCCAGAAGAUGACCUACCCUUUAUUCGACCCACCUUUAACUAAGACGGCGUCUAUGAUAAAGCAACUGCGAGUUCUUAAAACAGUCAUUAAAUUGUGGUAUUUUUUUCCUUUUCACUGUAAACAGUUUGUACAGUUUUUACUCAAGAAAAAAGAAAACCUGGGAAGACUUAGGACAAAUCUAGGACCCGUUUAAUGGACACUGGUUUCAGAACGUUCAGAGUAUGACAUUCUUUCCUUCCAGGUCUCCAAAUUUGGGCAACUGUAUAAGUAAUACCUGAUAAGCUGGCUGCAUCUCAAAGUUGAGGUAAAAAGUGGCUGCACUUCCUUAACGUGGUACAUUGCUGCCUGGCAGGAACGCGAGAAAGGAAUUCUCUGUGUAUUUGUGUGUGUGUUGACUUAAAUGAGCAAGUGUAGAAAUCUGAAGUGCUGAACUGAGCUCUGUAUUUGAAUACUUGAGCACCAUCAAGUGCCAUAUGCUGAACUGUUACUUGGAUAAAUGUUAAAAUUGCCUCCCUGCUUUGGCCAAACACAGUCAUGCCCAUGGCUUGCUUUUCAGUAUGUAAGCCAACUGCAUAUGUGAACAAUGAUAACCAGUUAAUAGGUGGGCAAAGGUUCAGGAAAUAAACUGGCAUCCUGUCAGCCACUGUCAAUUCAAUUUGCUGUUCCAAUUUGUUCUAUCAUUUUUUUUUAGUGAACCUGGAUCAACUUUGUAAUAUGUGGAGAUAUCCUCAGAGCUUACCAAGAUGAGAAGUGAUAGUAUUUGCCUCAGGAUAAUAAGUGUAUUGGUGUGCUCUAAUUAGGUGCAGAUAAGAAAAGAUAAGCUCUUUGGGGUCGGGGGGGGGGGGUAGAUUUUUGUCAUUGUUUUUGGAGUUUUACUCCAGAAUCUGUUUUUGGUAUUUUGUAGGAAAAAUCUGUUCCCACCCCCCAUUUAUUUUCUCUUAGUUUUGCCUGCUAAUCAGGUGUCUGACCAAGUUAAUCAGAGAUUACCUUUUGAAUCAUAGGGGAGAUGACUUUACACUGUGGUGUUUUCUGCUAAAGAAAACUGCAAUGCAGGAAUGAGGAAAAGGAGCAGGAGGAGAGGAAACAUAUCCAGACUCACUGCUGUGGCAUCUCAUGUUGUCUUUGGUUUACCCCACUGCAAUUUUUAAAACCUGGGGAAACUUAGCCUCAUGUGAACAUAUUGGGUUGAUCUAACAUUUUUUUCCUGGAGCUGGACAGAAAAACUGCUAGUUUGUAUUUGGAGUCCGUCAUGGCAUGUCACUCCCUUGGAAAUCUCUCAAAGGCUGUAUUCACAAUUUGGGUAUAAGUCCUAUUGGACUGAGUAUCACUUCUGAUGCGUAGAGUUGGCCUGCAAGUCUGGUAAUCAGAAAAAUAACCUUGACUAGUGCAAGUUGACUGUUUCCAUGCAUCCAUUCCACUGAUUUGGACAUUGCUUUUCUACUACCCAUAUCCAAAGUGUCUAACCCAGAGUUCCUCAGCACCACGGCUCCUGCCACUACUUCCCUUGGAACCUGUUGAGCUUUGCAGAAGGUGGGAAAGGCUAUUGUAAGACAGGGCUUGCGACUGGUUGCUUUCAUUCUAUUGAAAGGGUUUUUCAUUGCUCUGAUAACAGGCAGCCAUUGGAGGAUCAGAAAGACAGAUAAGCACCUGGGCUUUCCUUAAGUGGUGUAUGGCUCCAUUCUCUCUUCAGGCUUUCCUUCUUUCAGGAAGUCCAAGGAGAAACCUAUUGUAUUUGACUCUGCAACCCCAGCUGCAACCAUUUUGUGGCGGUGCUCACUUUCCCCUCUGAAAAUUCCAAAGGUGCCCACAGGCUCAAAAAGAUUGGGGACCCCUGUCUAACCGCCAAGCAGUUGCUACAUCCUGAUCUCCAGAGAGUAAUAGGUUCGUAGCAGUUAGACACUUUGAACGUGGAUAGUGGGAAAUCUGUAAUUAAAUCAGUGGCAUGGAUCUGCAGAAACGCUUGAGGUUCCUAGCUGAUUCGCAUGAACAUUUCAAGAAGACAUUAUUGAAAUGGUAGCCUUUGACUGAAUAUUUGUUAUUUCAAGUUUUCCAGAAUAGGCUGUUCUUAGGGUGGAGUCAACCUAAGGUUGGAAGCACUGUGGGAGUAAGGUGACCUCCUCCCCAAACAAACACACAGACUCACCUUUGUAGUUUUUCUAGCAAUGGUAUUACAUUGCUUUGUAUAACAUCCAUUUUCUCAGUUGAGGUAUCUUCUCAAGUGUUGAUCUGGAUUGUAGGAAGCAGUGUGAAACGGUAACCAGAGGUAAUCCUGACAGGCAAAGCAUUCAUUCUUUCCCAUUGCUUUGCCAUGAUGCUUUCCACAGUAGCUCGUUCUGAUGCUACUGUAGUAUACAUGCUAACUUUGAUGAAAGCCUCCCCUACAGAUUGAAUGGGACUCACUUCUGAGGAAAUGUGCACGGGACUGAACUGCUGUUUCCACUCAUGUUAUCUGCCUUGCAUUCAGCGUUGUUGGAAAGUGGAGGUUUUGCCCUGCUUCCUUGCAGCAUUGUGGUGCAUUUAUGCCUCUCCAGGACUUCCCUGGCUUUUCUCUUAAUUUUUCUCAAACUUGGUUUGCUCGGAUGUUUUGGGAAAGAGCACAGUAAAACUUAGAUGGCUGCUCUGUGUGUGUGGAAAAGAACUGGCCCAUGAAUACCACCAUAUUGCCAUAACACCAUAUCAAUGAAAGGGGAGGGGAGGGCGGCCUAUUUAAUACAUUAAAUUAAUUAAAAGUUAGGUUAUCUGAAUUCCCAGUUUUCAUUUUAAGUCUCUAGUCCCCUCUAUUGUAGUAAUGUCCCUUUCCCCUUAUAUCUCUGCCAACAAAAGGGCUAGAGAUGCGUUAAAAAUGAAAGGUGGGAAUUCAGACAGCUCGGCACACAUAUAAAGUUAUACCACUAUUCAAGGGACAAUUUUAAACAAAUUGGAAAAGCUCAGGUGACCUGGGGGAGAGAAUGGCAGUGCUGAGAGACCGGGGCAGGAAAAUUGGGAUACCUGCCAUGUGAAAGUGCCAAUGUUGCACUUUUAUCAUCAGCCAUACUAGCAACAGAAAAUACACUAGACUUACUUUGUGUGGAAACCAUCCUAGUCACUCUAGUUAGCACCCUGUUCCUUAUGGUUUUCUGGAAAACAUUUCUCUUAAAAUCUCAAGGAAUCAUGAGAACCUGACUUUUUAUAAUGUAAACAAAACAAUCUCUAAAUCCAGGUCACAGAAGCUGUUUUAAGUAAUCAGGCCUCAAAGGAAUUGGUACUAACAUGGUAAUCGUCAAGAUGUUAUGUCAAGCAGUGGCAACAUUUUAAAUGUGAAGGUUUUUAAAUUGCUGUGUGUGACUUGUAUCUCUGAGGUUUUAUCCAUAUUCUUAUAAUAAAACCACAUUUCAGGGAUUUCCA